AUGCAGUCCGCGUUGGUGCGGGCGUCCCUACGGGGACCCCUUCAGCAGCUUCAGCACUCGAGGCAAUUGACGACAUCGGCCCGCUGCCUGCUGGCCUCGAACUUUGGCGGCAGCGGCGGUGCUUUUCCCUCGUACUUCCAGAAGCCUCGCCUUCCGGCCAACACGGUGGUGCGCUUCGUGCCGCAACAGACAGCCUGGCUCGUCGAGCGCAUGGGCAAGUUCAACCGUAUCCUGGACCCGGGCCUGGCCAUCCUCGUGCCCUUUAUCGACCGCAUCGCCUACGUCAAAAGCCUCAAGGAAGUGGCCAUCGAAAUUCCUAGCCAGAGUGCCAUCACGGCCGACAAUGUGACGCUCGAAUUGGACGGCGUUCUGUUCACCCGCGUCUUUGACGCCUACAAGGCUUGUUACGGUGUGGAGGAUGCCGAGUACGCCAUCUCGCAGCUCGCGCAGACGACGAUGCGAUCCGAAAUCGGCCAGCUCACGCUCGACCACGUGCUCAAAGAGCGCGCCACCCUCAACACCAACAUCACGGCCGCCAUCAAUGACGCCGCCUCGGCCUGGGGCGUCACCUGCCUGCGCUACGAGAUUCGCGACAUCCACGCGCCCGAUGCUGUCGUCGAGGCCAUGCAUCGCCAGGUCACAGCCGAGCGCUCCAAGCGCGCCGAGAUUCUUGACUCCGAGGGCCAGCGCCAGAGCGCCAUCAACAUUGCAGAGGGCCGCAAGCAGAGCGUCAUCCUUGCCUCUGAGGCCCUACGCGCUGAGCGCAUCAACACGGCCGACGGUGACGCCGAGGCCAUCCUGCUCAAGGCGCGCGCCACGGCCGAGGGCAUCGACGCCGUCUCCCGCAGCAUCCUGGACGGCGGCGAGGGUGCGCAAGGGGCUAUCAGCCUGACGGUUGCCGAAAAGUACGUUGACGCGUUUGCCCAACUGGCCAAGGAGAGCACUGCGGUCGUGGUGCCUGGUAAUGUCGGCGAUAUUUCAGGCAUGAUUGCCACUGGUCUCAGUGUCUAUGGCAAGGUGGGCGAGGCGCAGGCCAGGGCCAUGGCCAAGCGGAUUGCGCCGCCUGCCGAGUCCAGCGCCUCUGCGGGCAACGAAAUUUCCAAGGAGGAGGACGCCAAAGCGCGCAAGGAGGCCAUAAAGGAGACGGUUUUGGAGGGAUUCAACGAGACGGCCGCUAGGAUAUGA